UGCCUUCAAAUAUCGAAUCAAUUCGAGAUCAGAAUGUAACCGAAGGUGACAAUUUAACUUUGACAUGUACUGCAUCUGGAAUGCCUCAACCAAAGGUGUCUUGGAUUAAGCUUGGUGGUCAGCGUCAUAAUGGACAUAUAUUGGAGGUUACAAACAUUAACAGGACUGAAGCUGGGAAAUACAAAUGUGAAGCCAGUAAUGAGUGUGGCAAUGAAACAGAGACGGCAAAUAUUGAUGUGCAAUACCAACCAGAGAAUAUGCGAUUUACAACUUCUGUGAUCGACUUCAAAGCAUGUCAGGGUAAUACUAUCACCUUUAACUGCUCAGCUGAUGCUGAGCCAGCAGUGACGUCAUACCACCUGUUUAAGAAUGACACUGCUGUAAACGUCAGCCUUUCAGGGAUGUGGAGCGAAGCAUUGGCAAGUGAAGGGAUGCUUGUCUACAAAUGUGUGGCUAAGAACAGUUUGGGGACAGCAGCUAGUACGGAUGUUACUGUUACUGUGAAUGUGCCUUCAUCCAUACCUGCAAUUCAAGAUCAGAAUGCAACUGAAGGUGACAAUGUGACCCUGUGGUGUCGUGUAUCCGGAAUGCCUCCCUCAAUGGUGUCUUGGGUGACACCUGAUGGUCAGCGUCACAGUGGUAAAAUGUUGGAGGUUAAAAGCAUUAACAGAAGUCAAGCUGGUGAAUACAAAUGUGAAGCCAGCAAUGAGUGUGGUAAUGCCACAAAGACCGCAAGCAUCCAUGUCCCCAAGUUGCCCGGUACACCUAACCUUACUAUUGUACAGUAUAUACUGUACCUUUACAGUUAUGGGUUCAUAGUUUCAUACCAUGUUAAUGAAUCUGUAUUGGAAAUCAUCUUUUUCGCCAUUUUCUUCAUGAUUUGCAAUUUUUCUUCCUCGUGA